AUGUCUCUUUCUCCUUAACAACCCCCUCCUCUCACAACAAUAUUAAAAGCCUCCAAACACCCCUUUGACAUGCUGCCUGUCCCAAAUGCUAAGCAAGGUUAGGUGAAGACAGCAACCUUAAGCACCAUCAAAACCUUCCUUUUACAGAAUAACCUGACGUGGGUUCUUGCAGGUUUUUCUACAUUGUCAUUGAUCAUGUGGUGAAGAUGUCAAAUGAAAAGAACUAAAUAAAAGUACAUGUUCAAGAGGAGGGUGAAUAAGGCUUCUUGCUGUUUCUACUUUUUUGGUGUUGUCUUUGCCUUGCCUUGUGUGUUUUGGAGAAAAUGUUGCUGCAGAUAUCACCCAGUUUAAGGCAUGUCACUGUGCUUCCGGGAAAAGGGUUGAAGGAGUUUAUCAAAGUGAAGGUUGCAUCGAGGAGGCUUUCUUAUCGGAUGCUAUUUUAUUCACUGUUGUUCUUCACAUUCCUUCUUAGGUUUGUGUUUGUUUUGACAGCAGUGGAUAACAUUGAUGGAGAAAACAAAUGCUCUUCCAUAGGUUGCCUGGGAAAAAAAUUGAGGCCUAAGAUUUUGGGGAGAAGUCUUGAAUCAAAUGUCCCAGAAGUGAUAUACGGAAUAUUAGAUCAACCCCUUGGCAAAGAUGAAUUAGAGGGAAGGUCUGAUAUUCCUCAGACUUUAGAAGAGUUCAUGAUCCAAAUGAGGGAAGGUGGAUAUGAUGCCAAGACAUUUGCAAUCAAACUAAGAGAAAUGGUAACCUUUAUGGAACAAAGGACAAGGGAAGCCAAAAUCCAAGAAUAUUUAUAUCGUCAUGUAGCAUCAAGCAGCAUACCUAAACAGCUUCACUGCCUUGGCUUGAGGCUGGCCAGUGAACACUCCAACAAUGCAGCUGCACGCCUUCAACUUCCAUCUGCAGAACUAGUCCCUGCACUUGUUGACAACAACUACUUCCACUUUGUGCUUGCCUCAGACAAUGUUCUUGCUGCCUCUGUGGUUGCAAAAUCGCUCGUUCGCAACAGUUUGCGGCCUCAGAAGGUUGUUCUGCACAUUAUUACGGAUAGGAAGACUUACUAUCCCAUGCAGGCUUGGUUUUCCUUGCACCCUUUAACACCUGCCAUAAUUGAGGUCAAGGCAUUGCACCACUUUGAUUGGUUUACAAAGGGAAAAGUACCUGUGCUCGAAGCAAUGGAAAAGGAUCAAAAUGUGAGAUCACAGUUUAGAGGGGGCUCAUCAACUAUAGUUGCAAAUGCUACUGAGAACCCAAAGGUAAUCGCUGCAAAGCUGCAAGCACUUAGUCCCAAGUAUAAUUCAGUAAUGAAUCACAUUCGGAUACAUCUUCCAGAGUUGUUCUCAAGUCUUAGCAAGGUGGUGUUUCUUGAUGAUGAUAUUGUGGUACAAAGUGAUCUUACACCUCUGUGGGACAUUGACAUGAAUGGAAAAGUCAAUGGAGCAGUGGAAACAUGUACUGGUGAUGAUAAGUUUGUGAUGUCAAAGAGGUUGAAAAGCUAUUUGAACUUCUCGCACGCUUUAAUAUCCCAGAAUUUUGAUCCCAAUGAAUGUGCUUGGGCUUAUGGUAUGAACAUUUUCGACCUUGAUGCAUGGAGGAAGACCAAUAUAAGCUCUACAUACCAUUACUGGGUUGAGCAGAAUAUAAAAUCAGACCUCAGUUUGUGGCAGCUAGGAACAUUACCUCCUGGAUUAAUAGCAUUCCAUGGUCAUGUCCAUGCUAUUGAUCCUUUCUGGCACAUGUUGGGAUUGGGAUAUCAGGAAACUACAAGUUUGGAUGAAGCUAAGAGUGCUGGUGUCAUCCAUUUCAAUGGCAGGGCAAAGCCAUGGCUAGAUAUAGCUUUUCCCCAUCUAAGGCCAUUGUGGACUAAGUACAUUGAUUUUUCUGAUUACUUCAUAAAGAGCUGUCACAUUAGAAAAUUGUAACUUUGAUCAUGAGAAAAUGUGAUCUUUUUGAUGAGCGGAAAGAAUGGUAUUUGCAUAUAGAGGAAGAUGAAAAUAAGAGGACUUCUUCAAAGCAUAUACCUAUCCAUCGAUACAAAGAAGUGACAACAGUGAUGUGGCUACUUGGCAAGAUGCACCCUUUGUUUUAAUUUUUCUGUAACUCUGCUGUUGAAAUUCUUUUUUUCUUCAAUCCGUAUUGUAAGUAUGAGUAUUUGUAGAGCAUAUAUAUAAGAAAACGCAGUUCUUUUGGAAAACGAA